AUGAAGAUAUCAUCAUCAAUAGUGAAUCUGAAGUCACUCACUUUUCCAUCAAAAUUCAACUCUUUCUCUUCUCUCGCAACUAUAUCUAAUCACAACAACAUCAACAACGAUAAACCAUCCAAUGCAAUCGAUCGAAUCCUUCUCCGCUUUCGCAUACUCUCCCGUCAUCACGAUGAUGAUGAACCGCCACAUCAGUUUUUGCACCGCCACUGCCUUCGCUCCGAUGACGCCGUUUUUCCAUCGGACAACCAAGACCAGAAAGUAUUCGACAAGAACCAAGUAAUGGCACCGUGUUUGGCGGAGGAAGAACUGAAUCGGUUGAAAACUAUCGGAAUGCAUCUCAAGGAGAAAAUUAGUAUCCCUAAAUCUGGUCUCACGCGUCCUGUUCUCCACAAAAUUCAUCAUCGAUGGAACAAUUGUGAGGUCGUGAAGCUCAAGUUUCAUGACUUGCUUGCUCAAAAUAUGAACCUUGCUCAUAACAUCCUUCAGCAUCGAACCGGAGGAUCAGUUAUAUGGAGGUCAGGGAGUGUAAUGUGGGUGUACCGCGGCGAAAACUAUCAAGGACCAACAACAAAUACCAAACAUAGUUCAAAGAGUGAGUCAGUUGUGUGUAAUCAACAACAACAUGAUAACAUGACGCCCGAGGAGGUGGAGUUUAACCGGAUGCUUGAUGCUUUUGGUCCUCGUUUUGUUGAUUGGUGGGGUACUGGAAUACUUCCUGUUGAUGCUGAUUUGCUUCCCCCUAUAGUUCCUGGUUACACAACACCUCUUAGGCUUCUUCCUACCAAAAUACGUCCGCGACUUACCAACGACGAGCACACAAAAAUGCUCAAACUUGCAAAAGCUCUUCCUUGUCAUUUUGCCUUGGGGAGAAAUAGAAAUCUUCAAGGUCUAGCAUGUGCUAUUCUUAAGCUUUGGGAGAAAAGUUUGGUUGCAAAGAUUGCUGUCAAGCUUGGUGUCCAGAAUACAAACAAUGAACUGAUGGCUCUGGAGUUGAAGAAAUUAACAGGUGGUACCUUACUGCUAAGGAAUAAAUAUUACAUCGUAAUAUAUCGCGGGAAGGAUUUCGUUCCAGCCAAUGUGGCUGCCAUUUUAUCUGAAAGACAGCAAUUGAAGAAACAGGUGCAGGAUGUUCAGAAGAAGGUGCAACACAGAGCUGUUGAUAUAACGGGGGAAGAUGAAACAAAUGCACAAGCAGGAAUGUUGUCUGAGUUCAAUGAGGCUCAAGCAUUCCGAGGAAGGGAAAUAUCUCCUGUAGAAUGUGAGAAGAUUAUGAAAGAGGCUGAUGAAGCGAGUAAUGUUAGGCUUAUGAAAAAAAUGGAACGCAAUCUAGUUGUUAUACAUGAAGAGGCCGAUGCCAAAAAGUCAAGAGCAGAAAAGCUAUUAACUAAAAUAGAUGAAUCUAUGAUUCCAGCUGGUCCAGAUAAUAGGAGGGAAACAAUCACAGAUGAAGAACGUGCUAUGUUCCGUGUGGUUGGUUUAAAAUUGAAGGUGUACAUACAACUUGGUACACGUGGUGUUAUUGAUGGUGUCAUUAAGAAUAUGCAUUUGCAUUGGAGGCAUCGAGAACUUGUUAAAUUAAUAACAAGAGAAAAAACCCUUGCUUUUGUUGAAGAAAUAGCUGGUUUACUAGAAUACAAGAGUGGUGGAAUACUAGUAUCAAUAGAUAGACUUCCCAAAGGAUUUUCUCUUAUUUACUAUCGUGGAAAGAGUUAUAGGUCGCUAAUUACUCUCCAACAUAGAAACCUUUUAAUGAAAGCAAAAACAUUGCAGCGUUCAACAUCCAUGCAACGACACGAGAGUGAGGAUGAAGGCUUAUCAUCUUGGUGA